AAUUUAUUAUGCAAAUAUGUCGGUACCGCCCCUCUUUUGAAGCAGGCUUUUCAGGUUAAACUCGUUGCUCGCUGGAGAAGAACAACAAAACCAGACUCCAGACUUCUAAUAGCUUCAACGAGCAUACCAAUUCUAUCAUCAUGGCCGAAGAUGUUAUAUAUCAAAAAAGGAAUAUUCUUAUAAUAGGUAGAACGGGAACUGGAAAGAAAACCUUGGCAAACCACAUCGUCAAAAAUUCCACGCCGUCCACGGUCUUUCAACUGUCAAGCUCUUCGAUGGAGAAUAAUACAAGAGAGCCGACAUUGGUGACUUGUUCUGCAAGAGAUGACCAUCGAAAACUGCUAUAUAACAUCGUUAUAUGGGACACCUACAGUACAGAGACGUCAGGGAAGACUAGUCCACAAGAUCUCUCAGGUUACUGUUCAGAGGAUAAGGAGGACGUCCCUGAUGGAAUCAAUCUCGUUAUCUUCACGAUGAAAAAUGGCGCUUUGCAUGAAGAAAAAGAGCUCAAACUGUUCAAAUCUAUUGCGAAGAACUUCAAGGAAAUACAAGAUAUUUCAGCACUGGUCAUCACUGGCUGUGAAAGCCUUGAGGACGAAGAGAGAGAAGAGCUCGUAGAACAGGUUAAAAACGAGGACGCAACAAAAGACAUUGCAAAGUUCAUGGGGAAGGGAAUCUUUCCAGUCGGAUUUCCACCCCUUGAGAGAGUGAAAGCAGCUCUUAAAGAAGCCUAUCAGGAUGGAAUUGAUGCCGACUCUGAAACACUGCAAACACUAGCAAACAAUUCUGGUGAGAUGACUACAGUUAUACAACUGAGAAACAACCUUAAGAAGAUGAGAGAACAUAUUAAUUCUUCUGAUCGGUUUAGUUGUAAGAUAAUGUAAUUAAAUACGGUUGUCCCUAGGUUUUUCCAGCAUUUUAUUCGUUUAGUGGACGCAUUGACACAAAGUCUGUCAACUAUAAUCGCAAAUAGUACGGUUUGUAACAAGAUUAAACUAGGAAUUCAAAAUAUUAAAUUGUGCGACAAAUAUGCUUAUAAACAUUUAUAACAUGAGUAGAUCAA